AUGCGCCACGCUCAGGCAAGUAGGGCUGCGGCCAGAGCAAAGGCGCUCAAUCUGAGCGUCGACACCAAUGUCAACACGAGUCACAAUAGCACGGUGACAGUUACGCAGGGUCCAGAUAGUUCUACACGGGGCAUUACCGCUCCGGCGACCCAGCAUAAACCCCACAACACCGACGGCAAAGUUAAGUCUUCGAGGCCUAGCCAAGCUCUGGCCAACCCUAACUGGAGAAACCGUCAGUUGGGCCCGGGUGCUCCCCUGAGAUCACCCACAACUGCUGGUUUGCCGCAGACUGAAUUCGAGAAAUCCGGUGGUCAUGUAGUGAAGAAGCCAAGCCGCUCGGUUUCACCAGAGGACGAUUAUGUCGUGCGUGGAUAUCGAACCACUCCCAUUGACCCAGAUUUUAUUCAUUCAGCCCCAUUGACUAAGAAGGAUUAUAGAGGUGCAGAGAUCGACUCGAACCGCUCCGAGUAUGACAAGGACAAAUAUAUUUGUCCAGUAGAUCAACAACCUCGCUCAAGUCUAGACACAGGAGCCCCUGUCAGAUUGGAGCCGCUGUCCCCAAGCACGCGUGAGCGCUUCGAAGUUCAAAACCUGAGUCUCGAACGCAGAAAGGAAAAUGGCAAAUGGGUGGAUAAUUGGCAUUAUGGAGAUUCCCCUUUAAGUGCAAUUCCCCUCCCGCAGACAAGCCCUACAGACCCAGAAGAGUCUAUGACUUUUCCAGCUGCGAAGGUUAAGGCCAUUAAAGAGUCACGAAGAUUCAAGAGUGGUCUCUGGGGAGAUUUAGAUGAACAGGUGCAGAAACAGGUUGCUGGACUCAACCAGCCUCGUACGGCCGGUCAUCCGUUAGGCCGCUCGCGUCAGGAGUAUGAGAACUCUCGACGUCCUUUAGCUAUCGCAUCUGCCGCUCAAGGUCCAAUGGCUCAGAAGUCUGCGACUGAUGGUCGACGCCACGGAGCGUCUUACCCUCCAGCGAUCCCCGAGGAUCCUGAGGAAGAGAAUCAACGUUACGAAAGUUUCAUCCAGAAACUAAACACGCCAUCGGAUUUUUGCUUUACUGAAGGGCGCCACAGCACGGAACAAACUCGUUCUACAGGGCCCCGCUCAGAUACUGAGCGCAACCAAAAUCCCACGGAAUCUAAGUCGCUAGUUUUAGUUCACCCACCAGAGAAGGGCGAAAGUAGUGUUGGAACAAUGGCUGAGAUGAAAAAUGGGAAAUCACUGAAUCCAAACGCCACUGAAUUUCAGUUCUCAGGCCAAGCUAGCAGCCGUCUCUCAAGUUCAUCAAAUCAUAACCCCCAGACGUCGACUAGUCAUGAGUCAACAAGAAACCAAGCUCUUGUUGGAAAUGAUACACAAGUCAUCUUAGAUGUGAUAAGUCAACUAAGAGAAGAGGUAGCAGAAUUGAAGGCAUCGUCGUCUCUCACAUCUCAUUCUCGAGAUACUAGCCUGCUACAGCAAAUUGACCAUUUGGAGGGCAUGGCGAACAAUUUGGACUCGAACUCGGGCUUUCAGCCGCAGAACACCCAGGGCCAGGCCCAGACGGCACUUGUACAUGUGCCCCAACCAUGGCCAGGACAUCAGGGCGGAGCCCAGCAAGGAGUCCAUCAGGGAUCUCAUACUGCUGCAGUGCCGUAUUCCAGCAUGCUACAGAACCAACAGUACAUUCCUGGGAUGUAUAACAGCCCUGUUGUAAAUGGAUCUGUAUUCAAUGGACCUGCAUAUAAUGCGACUACUUAUAAUGGAGUCGUCGGUUAUAACGGGUAUGGCUACAAUGGACCUAGCAACAAUGGACCUGGCUACAAUGGAUCUGGUUACAACGGAUGUGGUUGCAAUGGUCCCGUUUAUGGCUCAGUUGGCUAUGCUCCGGCUUUCCCUGCCACUCCUGCAUAUGGCCCCAGUGGUCAGCCAAAUAUGCAGUUCCCAGCGGUGCCGAGUACAAACCCGGCUGCCCUUGCUGGUCCUGUGAGCUCGGGCAACGUGCCACUCCACCAACAGGCACAGAUAGCAUUUGGUCCUAAGCCAGUUACCAAACCCCGCGGGCCUCCUCGCAUGAAUGAUCCUAAUUUCGUCAAACACCAACAGGAUUAUGAGCAAUACCUAGAGAUGAAGCGUUCUAGCGACCCAGAGUUUGCACGGCAAUGCAAAGAUCGACAAGCACGACGAAAUGAACGACAAAGACCCUCGCAGUCGUCUCAAGCAUAUGUCUAG